AUGCUUUUUUUUGGCACUACCAAGAUUCGGAUUCAAAGCGCAGGUGCGUUACUUCAAAAACAUAAGAUAUAAUGCAACGAUGCCUGCAACUACAGGCUUGCUACCAGCUCAGCUUUGGGCUUGAUAAUAAAGCACGCCGUUCCGCUCGGACCCCGGACCCGAAUGCAGACCGAAAGGGGCAAAGGCAGGGCCACCAUUUAUCUACUUACUUUUAAAACGACAUACAGUCGGGUGCGAGAACCAGCUGGGUCUCCCCCCACGAAACAGAAGAAAUCAGUCCUAUCCCACGGACGGCGACCCAGGCAACGGCAGCCCUUCUCGCCCCGUUAAGCGCACAACUGCCCCCCAAAAGCGGCAACUGCCUCGCCGCCCCAGCUAAAGAACCUCACCUGCGCUCUUUUUCAAACCUCGCCGCCGAGGCUCAUGGGAGCCAACCGCCCGCGUCGACGAGCACGCUGGGAAAUGUAGUCGCGGAGGCCUGGCAGCAUCCGGCCGCUUCUCUAUAUAGGAGCCCGUUGGGCGCGGCGAAAGACUACGAAUCCCAAGAGGCUCCGCGUCCAUCCGGGAACUACGGAAGGACUGUUGACGGUAGGGGUGGCAGCUUCGCCUGGGUGUCUCUCGGAAGGCAAGAGACGCGGAAAGCGGUGGGGUGCGAGCGCGAACGUGGGAACAGCGGCUGGCUUAGCUCGGGGCAGCAGGCAGGGCUUCGUUUGGAACCAGGGUUUGGGGCUCGGCCUCGUUCUUGGGCUCCGUGCACUCUCAAGUCCGAUAUAAAUAAAGGGAAGCGGAGAAAUGCCUCUGCCAAGCUGGUUACCCUCCUGGUGUUUCCUGGACCACGAAACCGCUGCCCAAAUACGUGGAGUAUUUGUAGUCCCAAAUACAGUAGUACCUCAGGUUAAGUACUUAAUUCGUUCCGGAGGUCCGUUCUUAACCUGAAGCUGUUCUUGACCUGAAGCACCACUUUAGCUAAUGGGGCCUCCUGCUUCCGCCACUCCUCCGGAGCCCGAUUUCUGUUCUCAUCCUGAAGCAAAGUUCUUAACCUGAAGCACUAUUUUUGGGUUAGCGGACUCUGUAACCUGAAGCGUAUGUAACCCGAGGUACCACUGCACGUGAAGGCCUCCUGCUGCAUGUCUGAACGGCAGAGGGCCUCCUCAGUGGGAGCGCCCGCCCUGUGGAACACCCUCCCAUCACAUGUCAAGGAAAUACACAACUAUCUGACGAUUUCUGAAGGCAGCCCUGCCUUCAGGGAAGUUUUUAAUGUUUGCUACUUUAUCGUGUUUUUAAUAUUCUGUUAGGAGCUGCCCAGAGUGGCUGGGGAAACCCAGCCAUCUGGGCGGGAUAUGAAUAAUAAAUUAUUAUUAUUGUUGUUAUCAUUUUGCUGCUCGGAGGGUCAUUAUUUGUUAAGAUGCCUGACGUGAGUCAAGUUAGAAGGCUUCAGAGUUUCAUUCUGAACACUUAGUUGAGCCGAGAGAGGGCAACUUUGAUUCAGGUCGUAAGGGAUUGGUUAAUGAAUGGUAUGCAAUUUUGGGAAGGGGUUAGGGACAGGGACAGUUUAAGACAGUGCUUCUCAACCUUUUCCAGACUGUGGCCCCCUUCCGACUUUGCUUCCUUCCUGUGACACCCCCCCCCCUUUACCGGUAGAAAGAUAGCUAUUUUGCCUGUAAAUAGAACGUGGAGACAAUCCAGCUCGAACAUGCCCUGGUGUGUUUUUUGCUUCUCUCCCCUGGGAUCUUUGACCUACCUAUUAACUUACUGUUAGGAUAUUUCCGUUCCUGUUCAGGAUUGGAAAGCUCUGAAGCGCAUAGCCCGCUAUUUGAAAUGGACUUUGCACUACAGGCUGAAGUUCACCAGUCAGAAGACUGAAGGUCUUGAAAUCUUUGCAGAUGCUAGUUUGGGAAGUGACACCACGGAUGGUACAAGCACUUCUGGAGUAUGCUACAUGUACAACCGCUGUCUGUUUGACUGGCUGUGCAAGAAGCAGACGGCAGUGAGCCUAAGUUCCUGUGAAGCAGAACUCAAUGCUCUGUCAUUUUCACUCAUGGAUUGUGAAUGAUUGAUGCAACUGUUUAAGGACAUCAGAGUUUCUGUGAAAUGUCCUGUACAAAUGUAUCAAGACAAUAGAUCCUGUUUGGCUUUGCUGAACUCAGAGAGUUGCAAGCAAAGAACCAAGUACUUGCAGAUUAAGCUACAUCGUGCAAGAGAGUGUAUUCAGAAAGGACUCAUUCAGGUGUCCUACAUGGCAGGAAAUGAAAUUCCUGCUGAUCUGUUGUCUAAGGUUGUUAACAGAGAACAACUUAAGGUUUAUGUACAGAGGUUGCAAUUGGGUUGAACCACAGGUACUACAGGUUACACGGAAAGGGGGAGGAUGUUAGGAUAUUUCCAUUCCACCUUAAAAGGGAGCAGGAUGUUUGUGUCACAGCUUGCGUAUUUCCUGUUCACAGGAUGUUUCUGUUGUGUCCUUUGCUUUCGUUUCUCUCUCUGUGCCUGAGACAUCUUUCGCUGUGUGAAUUCUGCUGAUAGAGCGUGCAUCAGCUCUGGAAUGUGGCAAGCUAUUUCUGGAGCUUUUGUCGCUAAUUGCUGAUACUGUAUCUAUGGGAGAUCGAUGGAUCGCAAUGGAGACGACGUGGAGUCAUGAUGGACUUUGUCUCCCUGGCAGUAUCCCAAUACUUACUACUCUUGGAAUUAUAUUUUUUAAUGGGGGGGCAGGGUAGGGGCGAGAAAGGCAGAAUUUAAACAUUCUGGUUGGUUGAUCUGAAGGUUUUCCUAUUACAGAAGAGCAGUACAAUAACAAGCAUUAAAUUAAGGACUCAUUUCCAUGCCACUUAACAAUUUUCACUUGCGUAUUUUCUUUUAGAGUAACAACAGAUCAUUGAACGUAUCAUGCACUAUACUCUUUUCCAUUUGUGGCUUUAAAGAUUACUGGGAUAUUUGCUGAUGGCAAUAAUUUUAAAAGGGACGCGGGUGGCGCUGUGGGUUAAACCACAGAGCCUAGGACUUGCUGAUCAGAAGGUUGGUGGUUCGAAUCCCCGCGACGGGGUGAGCUCCCGUUGCUCGGUCCCUGCUCCUGCCAACCUAGCAGUUCGAAAGCACGUCAAAGUGAAAGUAGAUAAAUAGGUACUGCUCCGGCGGGAAGGUAAACGGCGUUUCCGUGCGCUGCUCUGGUUCGCCAGAAGCAGCUUAGUCAUGCUGGCCACAUGACCCGGAAGCUGUAUGCCGGCUCCCUUGGCCAAUAAAGCGAGAAGAGCGCCGCAACCCCAGAGUCGGCCAUGACUGGACCUAAUGGUCAGGGGUCCCUUUACCUUUACCUUAAUAAUUUUAAGUAGCUUUACUGUUAUAAUAAUUCUAAAGUCUCAAAUAUAGAAUAAAUUUUCAUAAAUGCACAAUGUAAACACACAUACAGAAGUUUAUAAACCACAUGUCCAAAAUAGUACAGGAGAGCAAUCCUGAAGCCAUUUUGACUCCCUAAAGGACCUCAAAUAUUUCUCUGCAGUAGGAGGAUGGGGGAAACUUUCCAAUUGUCUUUUCACUUCCAAAUAUUCCCUUCAAAUCCAGUCUGGCAAGUUCCUUAAAAAAAAAAAAAAAAAAGUUUUGAAUUACAAUCCAAUAAUAGCCUCAUUAUAACAAUACCAAUUUAUACUACAAUUAUUAAUACCAAUCGUUCAAAUACCAAAUUAUAUAAUUUAGAUAAAGGGGCCUCCCGCAUGCUAGAUUUGGUGAAUUGAUUAUUUGCUUUAUUUCUUUAUUUAUUCCAAAAUCUUAUUAAUUGGGUCAUUCCACGCCAAAUGAUUUUAAUACUCGACCGUGCUCUCAAGAUUCAGAUUUUCUUCAAAAAAAAAUUAUGUGUAGAUACUUAUGAGAUAACCUCAAAUUAAUUUGUAAAGUUGUUUUGGUACACAAUUGGGCACAGGAGAUUUUUUUGAAAAUUUCUAUUUUCACGUGAUUUAGGCUAAUGCAAUUUCUGCAUCAGUUUAGAAAAAAACAACCUGUUUUGCUUAUUUUUCAACUGAUUGGGUUUAUUUUGGUAUCAAAAUAAAGCUAAUUGUGGUCUCUUUCAAAAUAAGGUAUGUAUUAAGUGCCACAGAAAAGGGUCACCAACCACUCAAAGUGAAUUUUUGUCAUUUUAUUCCUGAUGGGUUCCAUAAGCCCGUAGCGCACGAACCACAAAUAACACAUGUAUCAUACUUUUGUUGUAGAAUGGGCUAACUAUGUACUUGUUAUGUUUUGAAAAUAAGGAGGAUGUUUUGUGUAGUUAUAAAAUAAGUUAAUUUUGAAAUAAUUUUUUUUGGUCACUUUUUUGUACAGGUUUAAGGUCUCUUUGAGCCUGAAAUAACUCACACAUUCGUGCAAAUAGUUAAAAUUGUACCCUCUUACGUUACAAUGUCAACAGGGUAGCAAUUUUCAAAGUCUUUCUAUAGGAGCUUGCACAUCAUUGUUCUGGGUCUCUGUUGUCUCCUUCAAAGAGGGGAGGGAACACUGUUGCAACAGAAAAAUAAGGACCUGCCUUGCUUUUCACGGCAUCCUGCCUCCAUUCAUCUCUGACUAAUCAUGGACUUGGGCAGCAGAAGUAAACCUCCUUAGUUUCUAUAACAUUACUAAGGAUUAUGGGUGUGAAAAGAUUAACCAAUGUGGCUUAUAACUUGCAAAAAUGGAGCUAGGCUCUGUGAAGUAAUAGUUUAGCAGGUGUAAUCUAGUUAGCUAAGGAUACAAAAUAAGAGUUUUGCAACUGGUUAGGAAGCUGCAACUUUGGGUGCACAACAGCUACAUGCUGAUUGCUUUUGGGGAAAAACUAAUGUUGCUUUACAGAUUAGGGUAAUUUAUUUAGGAUCUUAUGAAAUGGUACUGACAUGAGCCUAAUGGCCACCAGCCAACGAAAGCUAUUGAUGCGCAUUUAAGCAAACUUCCUUCAGUAGUUAUUUUGCCUUAAAGUAACAUUUUUAUCUUUUAUAGUUAAACAAAACCCCAGAAUGGGUGGAGUCACAAAGUGGCUUACAAACAAUAAAUAACAAUAACAUAAUAGAAUGUUACAACAUAAAUCGUGUAGAAUAAUUAACAAAUCAUCAAUAAAACAAUUACAAAUCAUCAGUAAAAUAGCACUGAUACAACAUUCCUUCUGUUUGCAAAGGUGAUGUACAUCUAUGUAAAAUUGACAGGACAUGUGGAUGUCCCCUAUGUAAUCUAAUAUUAAAAGGAAUUGACCCCAAGUAUCACCAAUUAAUCACAUUUGCUAAUAUGUUUUGCUGGGUUUUAUACACAUCUUUUUGAGAAGUCACACCCAGGGAGUUCAGUAGAAUUUGUUCCCAGGUAAGUGGGUGUAGGACUGAAGCUUUACACCAUCCUAUAAGGUUGAGUGAUUAAAGGUCAUUAUGCAGCAUUUUUUUUUCAGUGUGGGAGGAACCCUAAUAAAAGAUCUCAUUAAUGUUACUCAAUCUAGAACCAUUGCUGGUUUCUUUGUUGACACUACAUAUUCAGUUAGCUAUUUCCCCCAUGCCAUGAUUCUACCCUGAGGGUUAGUGAAGCUACUUUCUUCAACUAGCAGAUUGGACAAGAAUACAUCAUCUGUCUCACCCCCUCAAAAAAGAAAAGGAGGAAGGAAAUACAAUAAGCAUGAGCGUCUCCUAUAAAUACCACCAACUUCCCUCAACUUCCCCAUUUGGGGCCCUAAACUAUCCAAGUAUCAAUCUCUAACCCUAGGGUGAGGUAAUAAUAGGAAUCCUUCUCACCAGUACCUAGGAUUUGGUAUUAUCAUGCAUUGUAAUAUAUAGCUCUACUGUUUAGAUGUGUUUAUGCUGUAAACAUUUUGGACUAUUAUUUGUUUCUAGUAACAACAGUCUAAAAUAAAAAGAAUUUGGGCAUUGUUAAAAUGGAGGCCAGUAUCACCAACCUGACCAAACCUUAGAAGCCAUGAUGAAUAUAGGCCAGCUUCAUCACAGUUACUAUAAAAUUAGAGGUGAUGACUGGCUGACUCAUACUGUCAGGGAAUUAAUUAAAAAGAAGCAACUCUAAAGCUGGCUGCUGUUGAUUUUGUUUACCCCACCACCCUGAAUAUUACAUUGAGGUGGCUGUUGCUAGCAUCUUGGUGAUAAUGCAAAUUGGGACCCUGAUCUUUUCAGCUUCAGCUGUUCCUGAACAGAGAUAUUUGGCCACAGUGAUCUGUGCAGUAGUAACCUCCUGACUUGAUUAGUCCAACUCACUUCUGUCCUUAAGCAACUGCAGCUGGUGAAAAAUGCAGCAGCCAGACUCUUGAUGGGCAUAUCUAUGAGAGAUCAAAUAAUACUGGCUCUCAAAAGACCUGCACUUGCAGCCUGUUGGUCACUGGGCCUAGAUCAAAGUUUAGGAAGCCCUAAAUGACUUAGGAGGCUAGUGUAUGUAGGAUGCCUUUAUCCCAUAUAGCUCUGUCCAAGCCUUGAUAUCAGCUGGGGAGCCUCUUCUGGCAGUGUCCUCACUGACAGAAGUCUGGGGAUUCAGUUACAAAUGCUUCUUCCUCCUGGGCUUCAUCGGCAGCUGUUUUGUCAUUUGGUGUCAGCGGAAGACUUGCUGUGCAAGGGCAAUAUGGCCAUGCUGCUGGUAAUAUUUAAAUGUAGAUUGGUGACCAUGAUUUCUCCUCCCAUCUUAAGUAUUGUCUUUACUAGUUAUUGUAAUUUAAAUUCUUGUAAACUGCCCCAAGAUCACUUGUGAUGAGCAGGAUAUAAAUUCUAUACAUAGAUAAAAGUUCUUCCCUGGAAAAAGAACCUUAUCCUCACCUGGUUAGGAAAAGAUGGAAGCUGUCAAACCAAGUGUGGGAGGAGAGGGGGCAAAUCCUGUGGCACUGGUGCUAAUCCUUGCGCUGGCACAAGUAUUUAGUUGACUACCGCCCUUCUAUGCUGAUGGGGAGCUUACAGCCAUGGCCAUAUUUCAUUCAUGGAGUGAGUGGAACCAGGUGAAUUUAAUUACCAGCCCACCCCUAUUGACAAAUGGCUGCUUAGAUGCUGACUCAUAUAUUUGGAUGGAAUAAAUCCAGAUAUUGCGAGGAGCAGUGUUGACUGUGAGUAGAUGUAGAUGUUCAACAGCACAGGGAAUGUGCAACGUUGCUCACCAUGGAAGCAACUGAUGCAAUGAGAAGACAACUGCUGACAUAAAUGGGGUAUUUCUCAUUACAAGAAAUUUCUUCAUCAUCCUGUGGACUCUGUCUAGUUGGCAAGCUAAAAAUCAAACAAGUGAUGACGCAGAAGAAGAUCCUCUUUACUCCUGGAAAUCAAGGACUGCAAACAGUAGGCAUUUUCAGAACAGUCCAACUGGGAUCUUUGGUGAUUUAAAAGCCAAAUUACAUUGCACUACACGUGAAUGUUCACAAAGACCAAAAAAUGGCAUUUUUUUAAAAAUAAAACCUUUUUAUUGGUUUUAGAAAUACAAAGUACAAAUAAGCACAAACUAGUAAAAACUAGAAUCUGUAUAAAGAGAUUUUCUGAAUCUUGAGACACUCCCCCCCCCCCAUGGAGUCUUAUUUUAAACAUCUACAACAGUAUAUUCAUCCAUACUCCAACUUCUUUAUCAAACCAUAUUGUUCAUAGCAGGGGGUUUUCACUACAAGUGAGUCAGAAUCCUGCUCUUGUUUCCAUCUGCUUACAGUGGUCUCCUAAGUAACUUAUAAUUUUUUUCCCAUUCUUUUAUAAAUAUUUUAUCCUCUUGGUUUCUGAGUUUUCCCGGCAGCUUUGCCAUCUCAGCAUAGUCCAUCAGCUUGGUUUGCCAUUCUUCUCUGGUAGGGACUUGGUCUUCUUUCCAACUCUGGGCUAAUAACAUCCGGGUGGCAGUUGUUCCAUACAUAAAAAGUCUUUUCUGCUCCUUUGGUAUGUUGGUACCUGUAAUUACUAACUUUAAAAAAGCUUCUGGUUUCUUAACAAAGGUUUUUUUAAAACUUUUUUUUAUCAUUUCAGUAUAUAUCAUCUCCCAGAAAGCUUUUAUUACCUUACAAGUAAAAAAUGGCAAUCUUCUGAGGUAUUAGGAGGAAAACCCUUAUUUCAAAUAUACCGUAGAUCUUGAUGUAGAAUGGACUUUCAGCUUUAUUUUAUAAUGUUGUGUUUUUUAAAAAACUGAAAGCUGUAAAAUCAAUGUUUCAGUAUUAUAGGAAACAAUAUACGGUGGUACCUCAGGUUAAGUACUUAAUUUGUUCCGGAGGUCCGUUCCUAACCUGAAACUGUUCUUAACCUGAAGCACCACUUUAGCUAAUGGGGCCUCCUGCUGCUGCCAUGCCACCGAGCACGAUUUCUGUUCUCAUCCUGAAGCAAAGUUCUUAACCCGAGGUACUAUUUCUGGGUUAGCGGAGUCUGUAACCUGAAGCGUAUGUAACCUGAAGUGUAUGUAACCUGAGGUACCACUGUAGAUGUGUUUUUCUUUGAGAUCCCCUAAAAACGUUUGUUCGUUCCUUAGAAAGAGAGGAAGAACAGGCUAUAGAAGGCUGAAUAACUCAGUGAGCUGAAAUGGCAAGAAGUGUUGUCUCACUGAGGCAUAGUAUAAUCUAUGAAACAAAAUUAAUGUUAUGUUUUUCUUUCACUUGCUUUUCAGGCAGAACAAAUAUAUUGGCAGAUGGGUCCCUGUAAAAGGCCAAAAAUAAAACUACAGUGGCAUUUAAAAAUUCCUAAACUGAAUGAUGCAUCCUUCUGCAAACUACUAGCUUGCUGUCAGUGCUGGGUGGAACUUCAUCUACCAGGUGCACAAGGUCUGAGAGUCAGACAGGAAGGCAUGAUCUCUGCCUUGGAAGUGUAGCAGCAGAGAUCAGUCACUAUGUUCAUUCUUUAGAAAGAAAGAAAAACAGGCUAUAAAAGGUUGAAUAUAUAUAACUCAGUGAGCAGAAAUGUCAAGAAGUAUUGUCCCGCUAAGGCAUAGUAUAAUCUAUUGAACAGAAAUGUAUAAGUAGCAUUGUAAGACUGCAGUAAUGUAGAGAGAGUAAAACAGAAAGGAAUGGUAAUUCUUGGAG